GAGGAGGAAGAUGUCGGUGCUGCGGCGGGCGAUGCGGGUCUCCAACCGCUCCCUCCUCGCCUUCCUCUUCUUCUUCUCGCUGUCCUCGUCCGGCCUCUACUUCGUCUACGUGGCUCCGGGCCUCGCCAACACGUAUCUCUUUAUGGUACAAGCUCGAGGAAUAAUGUUGAGAGAAAAUGUGAAAACGAUAGGACAUAUGAUCAGGCUUUACACAAAUAAGAACACGACAGUCAACGGUACAGAUUAUCCUGAAGGCAGUAAUUCAAGUGAUUAUCUUGUCCAGACAACAACGUAUCUUCCGGAAAACUUCACAUACUCUCCAUACCUCCCCUGCCCAGAAAAACUGCCUUACAUGCGGGGAUUUCUCAAUGUCAACGUAAGUGAAGUCAGUUUUGAUGAAAUUCAUCAACUCUUCUCCAAGGACGUAGACAUUGAGCCCGGAGGACACUGGAGGCCGAAGGACUGCAAGCCCAGGUGGAAGGUGGCAGUGCUCAUCCCUUUCCGCAAUCGCCACGAACACCUGCCAAUUUUCUUCUUGCACCUGAUUCCGAUGCUCCAGAAACAGCGGCUGGAAUUCGCCUUUUAUGUCAUCGAACAGACCGGCUCACAGCCCUUCAACCGCGCCAUGCUCUUCAACGUGGGCUUCCGGGAGGCCACGCGGGACCGCGCGUGGGACUGCGUGAUCUUCCACGACGUGGACCACCUGCCCGAAAACGACCGCAACUACUACGGCUGCGGAGAGAUGCCUCGGCAUUUUGCAGCGAAGCUGGACAAAUACAUGUACAUUCUUCCAUAUAAAGAGUUCUUUGGUGGUGUAAGUGGACUGACCGUGGCGCAGUUUAGGAAGAUCAACGGCUUUCCUAACGCCUUCUGGGGGUGGGGAGGAGAAGACGAUGACCUUUGGAACAGGGUUCACUAUGCUGGGUAUAAUGUAACGAGGCCCGAGGGAGACUUGGGAAAAUACAAAUCCAUUCCUCACCAUCAUCGGGGUGAAGUCCAGUUUUUAGGACGAUACAAGCUGCUGAGGUAUUCGAAGGAGCGCCAGUACAUCGACGGGCUGAACAACUUAAUCUACGAGCCCACCAUCCUGGUGGACAGGCUGUAUACAAACAUCUCCGUGAACCUCACGCCAGAGUUGGCUCCAAUCGAAGACUAUUGAAGAAGUCACUGUCAUGGCAACCUAGACUGCAAUGCUGAUCAUAAACUCAGGGUGCGCUCUUGAAGGAGGUCAGUGGAUGGACGUGUCCUGGGCCCGUUAUGCAGAGGAGCCGGCAGUCCUCAGUGACCACAGUGUGGGGUUGCCUACAGCAGCCUCCUUCCUCCCAUCCCGAGACCCGCCCCCCCCAACCCCCCCAGCGAGCGCUCCAGAGACCAGGUGCCAUCGCUAAGACUGGAGGUUAAGAGCACCCUGCAAAGGAAGACAUUUUUAUACGGAAAUCUAUAAUUUAACUCAAGAGAAUGCUUUAUUUCUGUGGAAACCUGUUUUGUACAUAGGGGAUGUACACUGAUGUGUUGAAAUUGUUGAACAAUAAGGUGUGUUGCAUGUAAUGGCUUAUGCCUUUAUUGGGCUUUUAUAAACAUUUUUUAUUUGCAUGGAACAAACAGUGUACGUUUAUGAGACUGGACAAAGGCUAACCCUUGUGUGACAUGAAGGAACUGUCAAUAAUUGACAGCCAGUGACUACAGUAAGCUGUUAUACUAGUGUUGAGCUUUAGACCUUCAGCCUCUGUGUGGGGAGAAGUCAGCUUCCCUAGGGCCCUGAGGGUAGAAGAAACGGCUUAAGCCGCUUUUCUUCCUGCCAGGAUGGCCUGUUUUUUUCCUUGCUUGCAGUCUCAUCAGAUUUUGCUAAAUCACAACCGUAAUGUUUAUGCAUAUUGCAUGGCUAAUGCCAAGAAAAAAUCUUAAAAGUUAUGGUGUGACAUGAGAUCAAGGACCUCCUCAUGUUAAAUGCUUUUCAUGUACCUCUGGUGUUAAGUGUCAGGGAUUUUGUGCCUCAAAAAAUGUUCCCAAUGUUGUGUGUGUUUGUACACUUGUUUGUUUGUUUGUUUGUUUUGGUUAAUAGUGAAUAGCACUUUUAUUAUUUCCAGUUCAGAGGAGCCAAAAAUUUUUUUAGUUUGAAAAAAAAUCAAAACAAUUUUUUUAAAGAAUGUGUUAUAUGGAAAACCCAAUAGUACCUAUAAUAUACAAAUGAAUUAUACUAUUAGAUAAGAAAUGAAAUGUUAUAUUUUUAUGAAGAUAAAUGCUUAGUAGGUAGAAAAUAAAUUUUAUUUUAAGUUUAAUUCUCAGACUCAUAGAAUUCAAGUUUGGAAGGGAUUCUUUUUAAUCUUGCCCAAUUUCAUUCAAAUUGUAUUUUUUUUUCACUUUUAAGAAAUUACAUCUCUGGUGUUAAUUAUUAAAAUUUCCUCACUGAAAGCAUAAUUUAAUAGAAUUAUAUCCUAACACAUAAUCAGCUAUCUAAAUAUGUUGAUGUUAUAAGGCACGUCUCAGAAAACAGGUCUUAUUACCUGACAUUAAGUAUAUUACUUUAUCUUAAGUUUGGAUGAAGUUUUUAUGGCAAAACCAAACAGUAUUUUUACUUUGAAAAUUAUCAAUUAUUGUUAACCAAAGAUUCGUUAAAUAUCUUAAGGUAUUUUCACAAAUUUAAAACAAAAAAAUUGUUUAUCUAUACAGUGAAUCUUUAACAACAAUGACGAACAAUAGAAAUCUGUAUUUGAGAGAUGUGUGGGUAACAGUUGACUCAUAGAUUGUUCACCUGAAAUAGAAAUAUGGUAUUUAUCUCAGGUUGUAAAUUUAACUUUUGAAGUUGGCGUUUUCUAUGGCAAUAUUGGUAACACAAAUGAUCACUAACCAAAUCGCAAAAUAAGUGAAUUUCUUGUACUUUUAGAAAACCGAUAGCUCUCUGUUAUGAUACAAAACAGAGUUUUCCCACAUUUUUUUUCUUAGAAAUAUUUCCAAAAUAUUUGUCUCUAAUUUUUUUUUUUGCUUGUACUGAAAGUAGUGAAUAAUCAAACUGCUGAAAGUCAAUGUGUUCUUAAUUUGUCUAUCUGUUCAUUUGCUGUCUCUCAUAGUCAAUGUAGUUGUUUAAUUCAAUGAAAUGGAAGAAAGUAAAUUAGGAAGUUACCAUUUGUUGAUCACUAACAAGAUAGUUGGGGCAUAGGAACAUAAUCCAUAAAAUAAUUAAAAAUACUUUAGUUGGGGUAAUUAGGACUGUUUUGGAGUCUUAUUAGGAAAUCAUAUAUUUUUUUAAUGUGGAGCUGCCCAAAUUUUGGAAUCGUUUUAUUUUGAUAUACAUUUUAUAAUUUCAAGAGAACUCAGUUCUACUAGUAUCUGCCUUAUUUUUUUGGAUUAAGUCUAAUAGUAAUUUUUGUUUUAGCUGUGGGCCAUGAAUAUUUUGCUUUUUUCAGUUUUGAAUAUGGCAUGUCGUUCUGUGAAAAACAUCUUACCAGUUCGCUUUUUGUCUUUUGUUUGUUUUUACUGUUUUUUCCCUGCAGACUUAAAAUUGCUUUUUGCCUGUAAUCAUUUAUAUCUUUCAAUAAAAGUGGCAGAGUUUUGCCCAAUUAACCUUUAUUAUCGGAAAAUAAAUCUAUUCCACAAGACUAA